AUGGCUUUUUUGUUCUUCCUUGGAUUGUUAGUUCUGUUGGCUCCCUUCUCUACCACAGAGCUGCUCGGUGUGAAAUCCAUCGGUAAGGACCUGAAUGCUACGGCGUCUUCUGACACAGAUGCUGGUGGUGAAUACCUGAUCGGUGUCGGCAAGGCAGAUAUUACCGGACCUGUAGUUGAGAUCAAUCUCAUGGGAUAUGCAGAUACUGCACAGAGCGGGACGGGCCUCCGGCAACGUUUGUACACGAGAGCAUUCAUCGUCGCCGAUCCCGCCAGUCCGACCGAAAGAGUGGUGUAUCUCGUGCUGGAUACUCAGUCAGGAGACACCGCAAUUCGCUACGGUAUAUUACAGGGACUAGCUGGACUGGGCCCCGAAUACGCGGUAUACUCCAGGAGCAAUGUCGCAAUCACUGGCACACACAGUCAUUCUGGCCCAGGAGCUUGGCUGAACUAUCUCCUUCCACAGAUCACCAGCAACGGAUUCAGCAAAGAGAGCUACCAGGCUAUCGUCGACGGCUCAUUGCUUGCCAUCAGACGUGCUCAUGAGAAACUCGCCUCCGGUAGUCUGCACUUGGGAAUUGCAAAAGUAACCGAUGCGAAUGUGAACAGGAGUCCGGCAGCAUACCUGGAAAAUCCGGAAUCAGAGCGAGCAUCCUACUCGGAUGACGUUGACAAAGACUUGACGCUCUUGGAAUUUCGAAGUGCCAGUAAUGAUAAAACGCUCGGGUUCCUUUCGUGGUUCCCCGUUCAUGGUACAUCACUUUAUCAGAAUAAUACCCUUGUCACUGGUGACAACAAGGGCGUUGCAGCAUAUCUGAUGGAGGAAGCCAUGAAAGAAUCGACUCCAAACUUCGUGGCUGGCUUUUCUCAGUCUAAUGUAGGAGACACAUCGCCAAACACGCUGGGCCCUUUCUGUCAAGAUACUGGCCUGGCUUGUACUUUCAAUGACAGUACAUGUGGAGGCAAAACCCAGCCAUGCCAUGGCCGCGGUCCUAUGUUCAGGUCCCUGGACCAGGGUACCAAGUCAUGCUUCGACAUCGGCAAGCGUCAGUAUGAGGCGGCUCGGGGCUUACUCGAUAGAGCCGAGCUUCAGAAGAUCCCUCCAUCAACUGUUUCGUCGUUUCAUUUUUUCCAGAACAUGUCUAAUUUCACAUUCACCUCGCCCUUCAACCACUCUGUGCAAGCCAGGACGUGCUCGGCUGCUCUCGGCUACAGCUUUGCAGGAGGAACUACCGAUGGACCAGGGGCAUUCGAUUUCACACAAGGCACGAAUGACACAGACGACUCUCCUGCCUUGGAUAAUCCUGUGUGGAAGGCGGCACGGUUCUUUUUGCAUCAACCUUCAGACGCACAGAUUGACUGCCAACGCCCCAAGCCCAUCUUACUUGAUGUAGGCGCCACUACCAAGCCAUACCAGUGGACACCCAACAUAGUCGACAUCCAGCUUUUGCGAAUUGGAUCACUGAUCAUGAUUAUCGCGCCUGGCGAAGCAACAACCAUGUCCGGUCGCAGAUGGCGGCACGCUAUUGAAGAGGCCGCUCCUGAUGUACUCAACAUUCAGCAACCGCAAGUGGUGAUAGGUGGGCCUGCCAACACAUACGCACACUACAUCGCUACCGAAGAAGAAUAUCGCUUUCAGCGCUACGAAGGAGCGAGCACUCUUUAUGGACGACACACUCUGGCCGCAUACGUAAAUUUGACCUUACAGCACCUGCCAUAUCUUGACACGCCCCAGAAGGUCCGUCAGUUGACGCCUCUCAGUCCUGGCCCUGAACCUCCUAUCAACAUUAACAACUCCCUCUCAUUCAUCACUGGCGUUGUACAGGACAAUCCCCAGCUCCUCAAGAACUUUGGCGAUUCUCUUGCGAGCCCUGAUCCUGACAAAGUUCAUCAAGCAGGCGAGAUCGUGAGUGCGAGGUUCAUCGGCGCAAACCCGCGCAACAAUUUCCGCCUUGAAGGUACAUUUGCGGCAGUCGAAAAGCGUAAUGAAGCCACAGGGGUAUGGGAAGAGGUCCGCAAUGACAAAGACUGGUUUCUUGUAUAUCGUUGGAAGCGUGUGAGCACAAUUCUGGGCACCAGCGAAGUCACAUUAGAUUGGGAGAUUGAACCAGGUACCCCGCAAGGUCUGUACAGGAUGCACUAUUACGGCGAUGCAAAGAGUCUGGGCGGUAAUAUCAAGGCAUUCGAUGGAACGAGUGGCGUAUUCAAUGUUGAUGGCGGCGGGACUGGUGGAAGCAUCGUUGACGAGCUGGUGAAAACAUGA